CAUGGGUGCGCAGCAGUGAAUUAUUCCACAUCGCCUUUCCCGAGCUCGCGCGCAUAUCAGCUGCUGUCACUUAUCAGACAGUUAUUUUUAAAAGCAAAAUAAAAUAAAACAAACAAAAAUAAUUGUCAUUGCUCAGAUACUUGUGUGUCGUCUUACCUGCACUUAGUCGUGUUCGGGACUGAGGUGAAUAAUGGACCAGGACAAGUACCUGCCCGAGCUGCUGGCCGAGAAAGAAAGCUUGGAUCCGUCGUUCGUGCACGCGAUGCGCCUUCUGGCCGAAGAAAUCGAAAAGUACGAAGGGGACGAGCUGAGGAAAGACGGCGAGGUGAAGAAAUACCUGGAUGUCAUCAGCAACAAAAACAUCAAGCUGUCAGAGAGAGUGCUUAUUCCUGUGCAGCAGUACCCGAAGUUUAAUUUUGUUGGGAAACUGCUGGGGCCCCGGGGCAAUUCCAUGAAAAGAUUACAAGAGGAAACCGGAGCGAAGAUGUCCAUCCUCGGAAAGGGCUCAAUGAGAGAUAAAGACAAGGAAGAAGAGCUGAGGAAAAGUGGGGAAGCAAAAUAUGCCCAUUUGAACAACGAUCUUCAUGUGUUAAUUGAAGUCUUCGCACCACCUGGAGAGGCGUAUUCCCGUAUGAGUCAUGCCUUGGAGGAAAUAAAAAAAUUCCUGGUUCCUGAUUACAAUGAUGAAAUCAGGCAAGAGCAGCUGCGUGAGCUGUCCUACCUAAAUGGCUCUGACGACCCAAGCAGAGGAAGGAGUGUCCGAGGACGUGGCAUACGGCUCACCUCCACAGCUGCAACACGGGGUCGAGGGGGAGCAGUGCCACCUCCUCCACCUGGCCGAGGAGCCGUAGUGCCCAGGGGAACCGUGGGUACACGUGCGUCCCUGCCCACCACCAUGCUAACUAGAGGCGUCUCAGCACCGCGGGCCAGAGGAACAGCAGGGACUCCUGGAUACAGAGCACCUCUGCUGCAGGCCACACAUAAAACCUACGACGACUAUGGUUAUGAUGAUGGAUAUGAUGGGGAAUAUGACGAACAGGGUUAUGAGGCCUACGACGAUGGCUACAGCAACCAGUCCAAAAGUGGUUCAGAAUAUUACGAAUAUGGCCAUGGAACCAACGAUGAUACAUACAACAAUUACGCUGAAGAGGAAUGGACUCAGCCGCGGCCGAGCCUCAAAGCUCCAGCUGCAAGAGUUGCACGAGGGGGCUACAGAGAUCACCCCUAUGGUAGAUACUAAAGGUGCUCCACAUCAGUGAUCUCCCCUGCCUGGCAUCCUUAUGUAAUAAUCUAAAAAAUAUCAAAUAAAAAAAAAUUCAAACACGCAAAAACAUGUAUUAGGUCAAAACCUAACCUCCCCUAACCAAGGAGCGAGAAACUGCAUACAGCAGAUGGAUUUGAUAACACGAUUUAUUCAUACAUCUAAGAAACCCAAAAGGAUCUUGCAUUAAACAAAAAGACUUCCAUUUGAAUGCUGCUUCCCUUUAGUUGUCUAUUGUUUGCUCCCCUGAACCUAAAGCAUGGAGUUACGUACAAAAUGAUGCUUCCUUGUUCUUGGCUACCAUUUCACCAAGGCAACCGUUAAGUGUUAGACCCCCCUACCCUCCCCCCCAUAUUGUACAUAACAUCUUUCUUAAUAACGUCUUGAUUUGAUGACGGUAAAUACUGAGUUUGUAUAUUUUGAUUUUGAUAUCGGUACUGGGAUUGAAAGCAAUCAGCUAUGUAUGUAGCUACCUACAAGUGAUCUGCUGUGUGUUUAGCCUGUAUUUGUACAUAAAAAUGUAAUAAAAAGGACAUAAAUCAUCUUGUGUAAGCUUCUCUAAAUAGGUGGCCAUAAUUGUUAAAUUUGUUCUUGCCAUAAUUUGUUAAUAGAGCAUCAUUAUUUUUUUUCUCUUUUUUUUUGGUAAAAUUAGAUAAGCACAUACUUGUUUUUAAGUAAUAAAUGCCUGUUUUAGUUCAGGAAGUUGCUAAUAUGUUCUUUUUUGAUUUUAUACUUAACAAAGAAAAGCAGCAAAAAAGUAACUUUAGAGAAGUUGUGAAGACAUUUUGUGUAACAAUAGAUAAGCAUUAAUACAAUUACGACUUUGUUAAAUAAUUUUAACUCUAGCACUAAAUUGUUCAUUGAAUAUUGACUCGUCAUUUAAAUGUUUAAGAUGUUAAUGGAAACCAACUGUUUAGAUCAAUAAACUGAA